CUAUCCUUAGGCCCUGUUUUUUCCAAAACGCGUAGGUGCCAUUUUCAUCAUGUAUCGAAAGUUGAUCUGUUAUCCGCCUGUUGAUUAAGCCUAUCAAGUUGAAACAUCAAGCUGACGUGACAGUUCGGCUUCUGAAAAAAAAAGAUAACACAGACAAGCUUUCUGCCGGUAAUGGGACACCUGCUGGUCGAGGGAUUAUUGGGGGUUGUUUGGGUAUUUUUGUUACUCGGAGCUGCAUUCCAACCAGUACAAGCAGGAGAUUUUGCACUUGUUGCUGAUCUGCAUAAUGGUACCAUUUACGGCGGAAGCAUGGGCCGUGGUCUUGCCGACAUAGCGCCUCUCCCUCUCAACGAUGUGAAGCGCCCAGUGGCUGUUGACUAUGACCCGAUAGACAGAAUGGUUUACUGGUCCGAUCUGGCAAGCUUACCAUCUCCACGGAUCUCCAGGGCUCAUCUGAAUGGUAGCAGCCAAAUGAUAGUUGUAGACCAACUCCAUCUACCAGACGGAUUGGCACUGGAUGUUGAAGCACGCAUGAUGUACUGGACUGAUGGCAUCAUUGGAUACAUCGGGCGAGUCCGUAUGGACGGCACAGGUGGUAGAGAGACCAUUGUGGAUGGUUUAGAUAAACCAAGAACAAUUAUAAUUGAUCAUGAAAAUGGAUUCAUCUACUGGACGGACUGGGGAAAUUCGUCGAAGAUUGAAAGAGCUGACUUAGAUGGAAGUAAUAGGAUGACUCUAGUUUCUGACGACUUAGUUUGGCCCAAUGGCGUUGUGAAAGAUGGCGACAAGCUGUACUGGUGUGAUGCAAACCUGGACAAGAUUGAGAGGAGUGACCUAUCAGGCAACAAUCGAGAACUUCUCAUUGACCUGACAUCAUACUCGAAUAUCCAUCCCUUUGAUUUGGCUGUCUACGGCGACUACGUCUAUUGGACUGACUGGGGCUACGUAACCCUCAUCCGCGUGCACACAUCCGGUGUGGGCGCGCAAAAUUACGGUCCACAUACUUUUCAGCAAAGUGGUGGUCUUCAUAUUGAAAAAGAGCCCAAUUAUUGCGACAGUACUCCUUGCCACAACGGAGCCACCUGUGUCGAUGUAAUCAAUGGAUUCUCCUGUAUCUGCCCUGCUGGUUACCAAGGAUUAACCUGUUUUGAAGAUCCCUGUGGUAGUGGACCGUGUGCAAACGGGGCAACUUGCACCAUCUUGCCCACCAGCGGGUUCAACUGUCAGUGCCCAUCUGGUUACGCUGGACCAACUUGCAUGAUGGUUGUUCACUGCGUGGUCUCCCUUGACCCAUCCGAUGUUCUCAUGGUGACAUCGGGUCAGCGGGAUGUAUACCUUCCAGGUGAAUCGGUUACGUUUGCGUGUCCAGACGGAUAUCAGUUCGGCGGGUCCGCCACGAGAUUUUGUCAGUCGGACUUUACAUGGUCCGGACAGCCAGCUGAGUGCAUUCAAGAAGAUCCCUGUGGCAGUAGACCGUGUGCAAACGGGGCAACUUGCACCAUCUUGCCCACCGGCGGGUUCAACUGUCAGUGCCCAUCUGGUUACGCUGGACCAACUUGCAUGAUGGUUGUUCACUGCGUGGUCUCCCUUGACCCAUCCGAUGUUCUCAUGGUGACAUCAGGCCAGCAGGAUGUAUACCUUCCAGGUGAAUCGGUUACGUUUGCGUGUCCAGACGGAUAUCAGCUCGGCGGGUCCGCCAUGAGAUUUUGUCAGUUGGACUUUACAUGGUCCGGACAGCCAGCUGAGUGCAUUCAAGAAGACCGUUGUAACAGUGGACCUUGUUUGAACGGAGGGACUUGUACCAGCGUACAAGGUGGAUUCACUUGCCACUGCCUCGCCGGAUACGACGGAGACACGUGCUCAAUAGUCAUCGGAUGCUUGCCCCCGAUUACUUCCACCCACGUGACAUUGGUUGAAUCAGACAUAGCCUUGUUUCAAGCCGGAGAAGUAGCGACGUUCAUGUGCGACAGUGGCUAUGCUGUUACUGGCUCCACGAACGAUCAGUCUGCGACACGUGUGUGUCUGUCGGGUGGCACUUGGUCUGGGGAGCCAGUCUCGUGUUCGCCGACCAGUCCAAACCCUACACCACCAGUCAUUGGAUGCUUGCCCCCGAUUACUUCCAACCACGUGACAUUGGUUGAAUCAGACGUAGCCUUGUUUCAAGCCGGGGAAGUAGCGACGUUCAUGUGCGACCGUGGCUAUGCUGUUACUGGCUCUAGAAGCGAUCAGUCGGCUACACGUGUGUGUCUGUCGGGUGGCACCUGGUCUGGGGACCAGGUCUUGUGUUCCCUGACCAGUCCAAACCCAACUCCUGCACCACCAGAGAAGAGCUACGUAUCCGCCAUCGCCGGUGGAGGUUGCGGACUUGCCUUUCUCAUACUGGUCCUUUUUGGUGUUCUUGUCGUAAUGAAAAGGAGGCGAAUUCGAAAUGGAGACAGAACUGUACGAGUUCCAGUCAAUAUGGACUUGAUUGUUGCAGGCAAAACCAACUAUGGAGAAGCACACCACGGAUCGGACAAUCCCACCCACAUAUACGAAACCUCGGUGUGUCAAUCCUGGCAGGCCCAUGGAAAUCCUCCUCCACCGCCACACGUGUCUGCUCCCGAUCCUAUCUAUAUGGACGUUUCCGAUUAUGAUACGUCUUUGGUUUCCAAAAUAUAAUGCAUGAACCAUUCAGUUCCUUAAGUAUGCAUCGCUGUACGUUGAGUAUGUUUAAUAUUGCGGCCUUCUGUUUCACAUGUAUUCAUUAAUUUUCAAGUUCAAAGUUAAAGAAAUCCAGUGUCGUGAUUUUGUUAAUGAUGGUAUAAACUGGUCAAAACAAAACUUUGCACACAGUGUGCAGUCGGGCUCAAUUUAUGGACCAUUAAUCUUCGCCAUAGAAAUGUUAAUGGAUUUUGUUUUCACAUUCUCCCACCAAAUUGAUCUUUUUUUUUUCAUUUCCUUUUCUAUGUAUUUUAUGUCCGACUUGGGAAGUUAACAUGUUAAUGAAGCUCAUCUGAGGGUCGGGCUUGCUUUUAUUUCGUAAGGUUAUGAGAUUAAGGUUAUGUGUUAUAUAUAGUCCGAUCGAUUUAUUUACUAGUGAUGUCGGAGAUGCGGUAGAUGACUCGGCGUGUGAAAGGUUAUGACUGUUUUGAAAGUUUCUUAUCUUGGUAAAGUUUUACUAAUAAGAAAUCACACCUUUUUUACACAGAAUAUGCAUUGUACAAAUUUUAAUAUGCAAGGGCAGAUUUAAACUGUACCUUUGUAUUUACUCGGGAAAAAAAUACGGCAAAAUGUUCGUGUUAUAUUUACAAAGCUUUUUAACUUUCCGCUUGUAUGCCUAUAUAUGAUUGUAUGCCUAUAUAUGGUUGCAUUGCACAUGACUGCACUUUAUCAUUAGGUGUUUUAGCAUAGUUAGCUGACACUGUAGUAUUUUAGCAAAGAUGAUAAAUAUAUUCGUGGUAGCCUCCUACUCAGUGUUAACACAUAGCUAUAUGAAGAGUGAAGAGUUGUUUGCAUCACUUCAGUGUGCGAGUCCCUGCAUGGCAGCCGUGCUGAACCAUGCAUUAUUACAUAGAUCAUGUGCCCUGUGACGUCAUUCCAACAGGCAACCGCUGGGCAACCCAAAAGGUUAUACAAGCAACUUUUAAAUGUUAUUUUGGCCAUAUUAAACAGUAUGAUGUCAACAUA